CAAAACAUUGUUAUUUGGAUGUUUUUUGUUUGGAAUAAUUUAAUUUUUAAUAUUUAAUAAUUAUUAUUAUAACAAAUCAAAUAGAAUCAAUAUAAUGAGUGUGGACAUUGCAAAGAACUUAGAUACCAAACCACGAGAAGCCGAAAAUGGUACUGGGGCAGAGCCUUCGGCCCCCAUAACCAAAAAGGGCAUUUUAACCUCGUUCCUCACUGGCAAAUCCAUGAACAUUCCUGAAAGCGAUCUGCUUGGUAGAUGUAGAUUUGUAUCUGAAUUUGAAAAAUUAAACAGGAUUGGGGAGGGAACCUAUGGCAUCGUUUAUAGAGCCAAAGACACAAUAUCCGGACAAAUAGUGGCCCUAAAAAAAGUGAGGAUGGACCAGGAACGAGAUGGAAUCCCCAUUAGCAGCCUGAGAGAAAUCCAAGUCCUGCUAAACUGCAGAAAUGACAAUAUUGUCCAUUUAAAAGAAGUUGUAGUAGGAAAAAGCUUGGAGAGCAUCUUUCUGGCCAUGGAAUACUGCGAGCAAGAUUUGGCUUCCCUUUUGGACAACAUGCAAGCCCCAUUCACCGAAUCCCAAGUCAAAUGCAUCAUGCUGCAGGUGCUCAGAGGCCUCAGAUAUUUGCAUCACAAUUUCGUUGUUCACAGAGACUUGAAAGUUUCAAACCUGCUUAUGACUGAUAAGGGAUGCGUCAAGAUUGCUGAUUUUGGUUUGGCAAGAUGGUUUGGGGUGCCAUUGAAACCAAUGACGCCUCAUGUGGUCACUUUGUGGUACAGGUCACCAGAAUUGCUUUUGCAGGCCUCUACACAAACUACUAGUGUGGAUAUGUGGGCUGCUGGAUGUAUAUUGGGAGAACUUUUGGGGCACAAGCCUUUACUACCUGGCCGAAGUGAAAUUCAACAGUUGGAGUUGAUUGUUGAUUUGUUGGGUACACCUUCUGAUGCUAUUUGGCCAGGCUUCAGCGAAUUGCCAGCAUUGCAAAAUUACAGCCUCAAACAACAACCCUACAACAAUUUGAAGCAAAAGUUCCCUUGGCUGUCUUCAGCUGGUUUGAGGCUGUUGAAUUUCUUGUUUAUGUAUGAUCCCAAGAAACGUGCCACAGCUGAGGAGUGCUUGCAGAGUAGCUACUUCAAGGAACCACCAUUACCUUGUGAUCCUAAAUUGAUGCCAACCUUUCCCCAGCACAGGAACAUCAAAGGGACAAAAACUGCAAGUUCAGAUAAUACUGGAGUCAAUGAUCAGACUAACAAUUUGCCUGCUAUCUCGGAUUUGUUGGGUUCUAUAGUGAAGAAAAGAAGAAUUGAGUAACUUCAAGAAGUGUAUUGUGCUUAAUUUUAAGGUUUUCUGCAUUUGUAUUUCUUAAAUAUAGUUUGUUUAAUUUGGAA